CGAUGCUUUGGAUUACAGAGUUCUCCGGCUUCUUCUCCGCUGCUUUGGCGGUGAUCCUCCUCUCUCCAUCACUCCAGUCUUUUUCUCCGGCGGCGGCAAUCCGAUCUUCCCAUCUCGACGCCUACUUCAGACCGUCACCCUCCUCCGACAGCUCCCUCCGCCGCAACUUCUCGUACAGAGAAUCUCCAAUACUCCGCAAUGCCGACGUAUGCAGAUUCUCCGGCGGUGAUCACGGCGUCUGCAAUCCUUCUUACGUCCACGUGGCCAUAACUCUCGACCUCGUUUACCUUCGCGGCUCGGUCGCCGCCGUGAACUCCAUCCUCCAACACUCUGCUUGUCCUGAGAGCUUCUUCUUCCACUUCCUCGUCUCCGAGACGAGCCUUGAAUCCGUUAUCCGAUCAACGUUCCCUAGACUGAACCUCAAGAUUUACUAUUUUGCCCCUGAGAGAGUACAGUCUUUGAUCUCUUCCUCCGUCAGACAAGCCUUAGAGCAGCCGCUAAACUACGCUAGGAACUACCUAGCGGAGCUGCUCGAGCCAUGUGUGAACCGGGUCAUAUACUUGGACUCGGAUAUAGUCGUUAUCGACGAUAUCGUGAAGCUGUGGGAAACGGGUCUAGGUCCGAGCACGAUCGGAGCUCCGGAAUAUUGCCACGCGAAUUUCACUAGCUACUUUAACGGAGCGUUCUGGUUCGAUGAGAGGUACAACGAGACGUUCAAAGGGAGGAGGAGGAAGCCUUGUUACUUCAACACGGGAGUGAUGGUGAUUGAUCUGAAGAAAUGGAGACGGUUCGGGUACACUAGGAUGAUCGAGAGAUGGAUGGAGAUUCAGAAGGUUGAGAGGAUUUACGAGCUGGGUUCACUUCCUGCGUAUCUUCUUGUGUUCGCCGGUCACGUUGCUCCCAUUUCGCAUCGGUGGAAUCAGCAUGGGCUCGGUGGGGACAAGGUUAAAGGUAGUUGCCGUGAUAUUCAUGAUGGUCCGGUGAGUUUGCUUCAUUGGUCGGGGAGUGGUAAGCCAUGGUCUAGGCUUGAUUCUAAGCAUCCUUGUCCUUUAGACUCGUUGUGGGAACCUUAUGACUUGUAUGAACAUUCCCAUUGACGUCGUCAAUGCUUGACCUAUUCGCGCGGUAAGCUAGGUUCAAUUGCACUGACUUUUGUCCCAUUGAGUUGACAUUG